UCAGCCUCCAUUGCCUAGUCUCCUCGUCCUCCAUUUCCAUCUCGUUCUCUGCAGCUGCAUUUGCAAAGGCGUCCAUGGAAAUGGCCAAGUCUCUGAUCUUGUGCACAGUGUUCGCGGCGUGCCUUGCGCUCGCUGCCGCCGACUGGUCUCAGGGCACCGCCACGUUCUACGGCGGACCCGACGGCUCCGACACCAUGGGUGGCGCCUGCGGGUACGGCAACCUGUACAACGCCGGCUACGGCGUGCUGAACGCGGCGCUGAGCGAGACCCUGUUCAAGGACGGCGCGUCGUGCGGGCAGUGCUACACCAUCUCGUGCGACGGGUCGCGCCCGGGCGGCGAGUACUGUAAGCCCGGCACGUCGAUCACGGUCUCGGCCACCAACCUGUGCCCGGCCAACUUCGCGCUGCCCAACGGCGGCUGGUGCGGCCCGGGGCGCCCCCACUUCGACAUGUCGCAGCCGGCGUGGGAGCACAUCGGUGUCUACCGGGCCGGCGUCAUCCCCGUCGUCUACCAGCAGGUCAGGUGCUCGCGCCAGGGCGGCGUGCGCUUCAGCAUCGCCGGCUUCAACUACUUCCUGCUCAUCAACAUCCAGAACCUCGCCGGCAGCGGCUCCGUGGGCGCCGCGUGGAUCAAGGGCGAUAGCACGGGGUGGAUCCAGAUGUCCAGGAACUGGGGCGCCAACUGGCAGGCUCUCUCCGGGCUCGUCGGCCAGGGCCUCAGCUUCGCCGUGAUCACCACCGGCGGGCAGUACAUUCAGUUCCUCAACGUCGUCCCGGCGUGGUGGAAGUUCGGUGAGACCUACACCACCAACCAGAACUUCUACUACUAAGCCUCGCAAGCAGGAGAGCGCUUUGGUCUCCUUCGCCAUUUCUUGCAAUUCGGUCAGCUUGCCAGUGCAUCGUUGCCGUUGGUGAUGCCUGACUGGCAUAGGUGAUCGUCCGACUGCAGGAGAUGGAAGGAUUUUCUCCUACAAUGUAGAUACAGCAUUUAAUGCUAUUGUUCUUAAAAUCUUGCGAUACGUACAUAUAUAGCAAAUGUAAAGCUCUUUCAACA